GGCCUAGCGCGCCAAGCCUCAACUUCGACGUUCCUGUACAGCUUCAACUUCCCUCUCACUCCCGCCUUAAUCAAUAAAAGUCAUCGUCCCCUUCUGUUCCUCCCCUUCCAUUGCGCCUCGGAACCUACGGACUCGGGUGUCGAAUUUCUUCUACCUUUACUCACCUGUCCAUUGACGCCGAAUUUUCCCGUCCCUCCAUCUCGCCCGUUCACCAUGGCCGGCCCGAAACCCACCGGUUUCGACCUCAAGGAAUUCAAGGCCGCCGCUUCUCCUCGGUCGGUCUGGGCCAAGAAGGACCCCUGGGCUCGCUAUGAGACCUGGAGAUACACCGGCCCCUUCAGCCGCUUCAACCGUUUCAAGGUCAUCUUCCCCGGCUUCGGCAUUGCCAGCGUUGCCUUCGCUGGAUACUGCGCAUACGAGGCUCUCUUCAUGAAGCACGAUGAUCACCACGGCGAGGGCCACCACUAAGCCGACCAAUUGAAAACAUCGCAUUGAGACGGAACGGAUCCCUUAACGAAUGACCGACCGAUAUCAAUGGAUUUGAAAAUAAAAUGAGGAUACCCCGGAUUACAGUCGACAAAGUCGUCUGAAUAUCAGGAGACGUUGCGCUUUUCGGUUUCUUAGAAGGGAUCAUGUGUUGAACCUGUGCCAGUGGCUAGGCUUCAGAGGCUACGACUGUGCGGGAAAUAAACUAUUGAUUGUCAUGACUGGCCCUUGCACUGCAGUCGGCGCUUGGGUUGUUUGAAUUUGUCGGAUGUACAUAGUAUCUAUCUGGUUUUCGUUAUAUCAAGACUGUACUUUUGCUGUUUGUUUGGUCUCGUGCGAGUUUGACCUAGAAUGCUACGUCAUUUGGCAAGUAUUGCACUACGUGGUGCAGUUGUGCGCUUCGAUAAUCAGUGGCGUUCGUACUGGUAGAUUGUAUAAUUUUUGUUGCGCUAAUAUAUGUGAUCCAUUUU